UUUUUGUUUUUGUUUCUUUGAAACAACAUGGCUGCGCCCACAUGAACGCGUUGUUGUCGUCGUCGCUCUUUGGUGGAUUGCCUCCGACGCGGUUUGUGCACUACAAAGGUCGGCGUUUCUUUUGUUUUCGGCGCAUGCCCGCGCACUGGCUGCCAACGGCGCAUAAUACGAUAUUCGCCUUCUGGUGAAAGAGCGCGAAUGCCUGCUACCGCGGCGACGUCAUCGGCGGCGGCUCCGUCGGCCAGUUCGAAUCCGCGCGGCUUCUCGACGCACCAGUUCUCGCGCCACUUCAACGGCAACAGCGUGCACUUUCUCGUGCUUCGCAUGGACUCCAGCUUCUUCCUCUGGGUGGGUUCGCAGAGCGGGUGCCUCAAGAACCUCUCGGUCGCCAUGUCGACGGCCGUCGAGAAGGCGCCCACGGCGAGCUGCCUGAUGGGCGACGCCUCGGACCUGACGUCCAACGCGCUCGCCGCGAAGCUGACCAAGCGAACUGGAUGCCAAGUGUUCGUCAGCUACAACGUCCCCGCCACCGAUGCGGCGACGGUGAACUUUGUGCACGAAUGCAUCGUCGAGGAGAUGUCGCUGAAGCCGGACAAGUUUCAUUAAAAGCCGGUGCACAAAUGUAAUGUCA